UGAACAUCAGGGGCCACAAGCGCCACAGAAGGCUGAAGAUGAUUGUGGAGUUUUCUGCAGCCACAGCGCCACCUGCUGCACCACACGUGAAGUGAGUUGUCUUCUUCAGACUGCUGAUAUCAGCCCUCUGCUGCAGUACCUCUGAGGUCUACCAAUGACUCAGCGUCGGUGCAGAGCUGCAGGUCAUGAUCAUCAGUCCAUUAAUCCACUCAGUAAAAAGGUCCUGAUGCGAGUGAAGCAAGCUGUGCUUUAAUACUUUUUUAAACCUUGAUAAUUUAAUUUUUUUUCUCCAAGAAGCAUGGAUCAGUUCCGUGGUUUAUUCGCCAAACUGGACCAGAACAAUGAUGGGUUCAUUUCGGUGGCAGAACUCCAAGAUGAAAUGAGGAAACAUGGGAUCCUCUCAGCGGACGGAAAGGUCCAGAAUAUCGUUCAUUUGUAUGACAAAGAUAAAGAUGGCCUCCUGGAUUAUCAAGAGUUUCUCAACUACAUGAUGGACAGAGAAAGGAAAUGGAAAAUUUACUUUCAUGUCCUUGACAAGAACAAAUGUGGAGAGAUUGACCAGGAAGACAUCAUAUGUUUGUUUAAGGAGUUAGGAGUGAUCAUAUCAAAGCCGAAUGCAAAAAAAGUAAUACAAAUGAUGGAUAAGAACAAUUCCAUGACGGUGGACUGGGAUGAAUUCCUGCAUCAUAUCAUCCUCAACCCUGUGGACAACAUCAGGGAGCUGGUGUCCUCAUGGAAACACAGCCUGGUUUUUGAUGUUGGGGAGAGCCGUGCGAUGCCCAUCGAGUUCCCUGAGGAAGCGUCUGGUUUUGGUGCCUGGAGAGCGUUUGUUCUAGCAGCAGGACUGGCAGAUGCUGUAUCUCGAACUGUGACGGCACCCAUAGACCGGCUGAAAACCCAGCUUCAGGUUAGAGGAUCCAAGGCCCUCUCUCAAGGCUUUCAGGAGAUGAGAGCGGGCGGUUUACGGUCAAUGUGGCAAGGCAAUGCUGUUAAUAUGCUGAAAGGAACACCACAGUCAACACUGCAAUGUCUUAUCUACACACAAAUGAAGGUUUACACCCAACACACAACCCAGGAAACUCUGACAGUUCAGCAGCGCUUCGGCUUGGGUUGCACCUCCGGAGCUGUAGCUCACGCCGUCUUCUACCCUUUAGAGGUGUUAAAGGUGAGACUGAACCUGCAGCAAGCUGGCACAUAUCAUGGUGUUGCAGCGUGUCUCAGAUCCAUCUACAGACAUGAGUCUUUGUCCUCGUUUUACAGAGGUUUUAAGCCCAGCAUCCUCUGUAUGAUCCCCUAUGCAGGUGUGGAGUGUGCAGUUCAUCAGUCAAUCAUUAGCUGGGCAAAGAAUGAUCCAGCCUACAACAGUGAAUCCAAACUGUUUUUCUUCAGUUUUGUCGCUUUCGCUUUGGGACAAAUAAGCAGUUACCCGCUGGCAGUGAUCCGAACUCAGCAACAAGCUCAAGCUUUCAGCUCAGAUUCUCGCCCAGCCUCAGGUGUAUUACCAGGACUUGUUGGAAUAUAUGAAAGAAAUGGAUUUAGAGGAUUUUAUAACGGUAUGGGAGCCAGUUUCAUCAGAGCUAUUCCAUGUGCACUGAUAAACUACACUUUGACAAGAAAAUUUGAAGAUUUGUUUUCUUCCAUGGAGUCUUGAGAGAUGCAGAGAAAAGUUCAGCAAUAGUGUGAUGUUAUUAAUGAUAAGUACAUGUUUAAAAAGUACUGGAAAAGGGUUUAAGCAGGAUGUGUGCCUUUCCUUAACACAGAAAACAUCACUGAGGGCUGAUACAUGGUUGAUGUGAAAUACAUACAAUAAGCAAGUGAUGAAAGCUGGUCACUUGAAAUGUGCUGUGUAAAUAAGCAAAUGUGUUGUUAUUCUGGUUGUUUAAUAAAAAAAAAUGUUGCAUAAAAAGAGUCAGACAAAAUGUGGAUGUGUUUCUUUUGUAUAAUUGAUUACAGGAAUUUGUUUUACAACCUGAUAACUAACAUUUUUCAUCAAUAUAAAAAGAAAUAACCACCAUAU